AUGUUUGCUUACUACCGCUCAAUUUGCCACAAUUCAGCCAUUCAACGCAUUUUAAAGGGAUCAAUAUCUAAUUCGGAUCCUACCGAUCUCGUUCUUGGGAAUAAUCUGGAUUGGCACACGAUUGAUUCUUCACUUGAGAAUGUACUUUGUUUGCAAUUACAACAAGCAGCAUUUGGCAACAUAAUAGACGCACGUUUACUUUCUUGUCAUUUCAGUGAUCAACAAGAGUAUCUAGAAACUGAAGAGACAUAUGAAGAAAUGAGUUACUCGCGGAAAGUCAGAAAGCACUCUUUUAUUCAAGGACAAGACGUUCUAGUGAUACUUUCUGAAUAUGGCAAAAUGAUUUUCACAACAAUACAUCGUCUUUCCGACAACAUAAAACGGUUUGAGACUCUAGCAGAGAUUUAUCUGGAUUCCCCUGGGUUAGAAUAUACAAAAAUGGGAAAGAAGUUAGCCGUUGAUCCAUGCUCAAGAGCAAUCGCUGUAGCCUCAUUGCAAGACAAGUUUGACAUUUUUAUUUUAAGCCCAACAUUAUCAAGGUCAAGGUUUGAUCCAGUCAUUGGUAGAGGCUCCCAAAUUGAAGAAGGCAUCAUUUGGCAUAUGGAGUUUUUACAUACAGAGUCAACCUCGAUGGACAGAAUACUGUUAGCUCUUGUAAUAUACAACGAUGUCGAAAAAAUAUGUCGAUUAGUAUUGUACGUUAUUAACGCUUCCAACUUACAAAAUGUCACUAUGGAAAGAAUCGGACGAUUACCAUUGGAAAGCAAUACACCACUACCACUGCUCCUUAUUCCCCUUCAGUCUCGACCUGAAUCGUUUUUAUUGGUUACCGAACAACAAGUAUGUCUGUUAUCUUCUGAUGAUCUUGCGUGCGGAAAUGUACUGUAUCCAAAUAGUUUUAUUCCUAGAGCGUUUGGAAGCAUUGACUGUCCACUAUUUAAUGCUGCUACUCAGCACGAGGACUUGGAUAAAAGCUAUGUAUAUCUUGGAUCAGCAGAAGGAUGUAUAUACAGACUGCACAUAACGUCUUCAAAUGAAAUGAGUUGGACUCUUAUCGAUUCAGUAAAUCCAAUUGGCCAAUCUAUGUGUCUGCUUGGAACAGCUGAUCUAGUAAACGAUAACAACACGAUCAGAGCGGACGUACUGCUAUAUGCAGGAGAAUGCGCUGAUAGUCAAGUUAUAGCUAUUCCGUGCCCUGAUGUCAGUCAAUGGGAAACUCCUACGAUCACGGUUUUGCAAAGCUUGGUUAAUCGAGCACCCAUUACGGAUGUAGAAAAAAUAUCUGGUUAUUAUGGACAGCAAGAGAGUUUGGCUGUCUGCUCCGGUAUAGGCAAGCAGGGAUGCUUAACAUUUAUCGCCCGUGGUGUGAAAGCACGCAAAGUGUCUUUUUCUCAACCAGAGUGGAAAGGUAUCAACCGGCUAUGGAGCAUUAAUUCAACAGCUUCGCACCUACCGGAGAUUUCUUGCUUAAUGGCUUCCUCUCCUAUUGACUCUAGGCUAAUAGCAGCUAAAGAUGGACAAUUACAAGAUAUUAUGCUCUCAACGUACGACGAAGCUUUAUCAGAAACUAUUCAUGCAAACACUAUUUACGUGAAAAGCGUUUGGCUAUUGUUGAGAGCCCACUUUAAAGGCAUUUCAAUACUCAUGGUGCAAGAUCAGAAUACACUAAUACUCACACAGCAUAGAAUUAGCGACUCUGAAGGCAAUAUAGAGCAUGCCACUUCAUGGCAGGAUUCUCAUGGAACCUAUGUUGCCAUUUGCUUGCUGAAGGAGAAAGGAUAUGUGGUGCAGAUACUUAGCAUUGAAGAUGACGGUAUAAAUGAGGACUGUACUCAAAUACAGCUGUGUAUCCGUCCUAUCAAAGAAAUUUGUGUAGAUGACUGCCCUAGCUUCAUUGAUUGUCUGCAAGUGAAGUCAUCCUCAUGGCUCAUUAUUGGCACAUACAAGCCUUCAUGCAUCAUUUACGAAAUGCAGGGCACGGGUAUUCAAAUGAAUCAGAAUAUCGAUUUGGGCUCAACAACAUUAGGUGCAUAUGCAGUUCCGCACUCUGUAGGCAUACUGCACUCACCACAUAUCCCAAACAUGCCUUUCUACCUUUUACUUGGAAUUCGACAGGGCUCAAUUUUGAGCUUUCGACUACAACACACAGCUCACAGGCUUACUCUUUCUGAUGAACCGCCCUUGAUUUACACAUUAGGGUCUCUAGCAGUAUCCUUGACUGUAUGUCUCGCAAAAGAUACCAUAUAUGCGUUAUCCAACCAGUUAUGGCAACUGCGAUGCAAUAGCAGCAACGUGAUCGAGAUCGAGCAGGUUUUACUACAAGACUUUGACCGACCUCCUGAUGCGGUUGUCUUUUUUAACUGGGGCACUGAGGCAAAGGAUGAGGUAUUGGCUAUUGUUGCAGAUGAUAGGCUGCAUCUCUUUCAGUUAAGCCCAAACAGUCGACUCAAUUUUCAUAAUGUUGAGCUGGGACAGACACCAAGAAAAAUUAUUUAUAACGAAUCCCUCAACUAUGUUAUUGCGCUGACGUCAACCAUUAUAUCCGGCACUCGCAAAAACUACAUGCAUCUUAUUAAUCCAAAAAGUGGUCACUUCCUAACAGAGAGUCAACGUGUGGGGCGAGAUAACAAUUAUGCAAAGAAUGACAUGAUACUUUCAGCUGCUGAGUGGUGUGUGGUGUAUAAAUCAAAGCAAUAUCAAUAUCUUUGUGUAGGCUUUGGUCAUCCAAAAGAAUCUCUGCAUACGCUACGAAACGGCCCUCUACGAUCUCCAGAGACAUCUAUUGAACGAGGCACAUUAGUGCUAUAUCGACUCAAAGCAUAUGCAAAACGUGGCUCUGUAUUAAAGCGCAUUUGGAUAAAUGAAAGAUUGCCGGGCGGUGUCCUUUCCAUUUGUCCAUACUCUGCUGGGCUUCUCUUUUCGGCAGGAAAUCGCCUAUAUCUUUAUAGAUUUGACUCAGAAUCUGGAAGACUAGCAGAAAUUGCCCAUAUAACGUUACCAAACGUUAUCAAGUCUAUUCAUGAAAAUAAGGGACAUAUAUGUAUUACUUCACAAGCAGACUCUGUUUCGUUCUACAAGUUUAAUGAAGACAAGAAAGGCUUUGAACUCCUAGCAAGCGAUAUCAAUGCCAUGUCAAUUCAUCAUUUACUCAUGUUAAAUGAUCAUACUGUUGUGGGAGUUAGCUAUUCUGGAGGCAUGGUUGCUUUAAAUGGUAACUUUGGAGAAGAAAAUGCAAGUAAACGACUUGAGUCGCUAUUUUCGUUUCAUUUUUCAGACAUUAUGGUCAAGCCUACGCUGGCAGCACUUAAGCCACUCAACAAUGUGUCUAAAGACAUGGAUCUCUUAUUGAAUAACGUAAUACCCUGGGAUACAAGUGAAUACGAUUUACAAGAGCUUAAACCAAUCGUCUGCUGUACAGUGUCAGGAGGCAUACUUCAUAUUUAUAGAAUCAGCAGUCAGUUAUACCGUGUCUUGAAUGUACUCCAAGAGCUCUUAUUGAUAUUUGAGCCUACAUUGCCGCUACUUGGAGCCACAAGUGAUUUUCAAGACUGGUACUGUCAAUUAUCUAGUAGACAAAAAGCAACCAUACAUGGUGACCUUGUAGAAUCCUAUCUGAGACUUUCAUUUGAUGAACAGUUGUCAGUUUUACGGCCAGGUGGCAGCCUUAGCUCUGAACUAGCCGCUGCUGCCAAUGAUUUGCUAAUAGGAUCAAAUGACACUGCGAUUGACCUUGAAAGUGAACAAGAGGAUAACAAGACGAGGAUCAUAGCUUAUUUACUAAUUAGCUUAUUAUCCGAAUUUUCAAGAUACUGUUAA